GUUUUUUAGGAAAUAAAAUGGCCAAAGUGAAGAAAUCCAGGUUCGGUGGCAGAGACUAUGAACCGCCGCCACUGGAGGAAGAGCCUGCUGCCAUGGACGACGCGGAUAGCAGACUGACUACGGAAUCUGAAGAUUCGGAUAGAGAAUAUGAAGUUUUAGAAAUAAUGGAGCAUCGAAUAAAUGCGCAAGAUCCCACAAAAAAAGAUUAUUUGAUUCGUUGGAGAGCAUAUGAUGAUCCAAUGUAUGAUAGCUGGGAGCCGGAAGACCACCUCCAGUGCGACUUAAAGAUUCAGUUGUAUUGGAGUAAGAAAGGCAAAGGAGAAAGGCUCAGUCGCGCUUCUGAAGAUAAGGAGGGCAAAGGAGAAAAGCUCAGCCGCGCUUCUAAAGAUAAGGAGGGCUCCAAAACACGAAAAUCAAACAAAAGCAGGAAUUUAGCAACACGAACCAGACUGUCGGAUGAUUCGUCCGCUUCGGAAUCAGAUAAGGAAGUUGAAGAACAGUCUGGGGAAUCUUACAAGAAAAAAAAGGAUUUAGGAAGUCGUCCUCAACCUGGGAAGGAUCGGCUCGUCAGUAAUAUUGAGAAAUUUAAGGAGGUGGUCGAAGGGAAAAAGAGAAAAAAAAUAAAGACGGAAAGUCUGGAGAAGGACAAUCCUGCUUGGAACAUACCGUUAGCGCCGCGAGCAAAUCCGAUCAGGGAAGAAUUCUGUAGGAAGCGAGCUGGUGCACCGGCUGCAGAGUGCGGGGUUAAAACGGCUAAACCGCCUAAACGUGAAGCCGUUGAGGUGGCGGGUGGGUUUGGGAAAAACGAGGACCUCAGAAUCAGUUCGAAGCCUCGUAAAAGAGCCCUUCUUGAUGCGAUCUCUAGUGAGGAGGAGGGUGAUAGCAGGCCCAAAGGCGACAGUCAUAAGACUCGUGACCGCUGCGAUAAUGCCCCAUUAUUACCUGCAUCAUCACGCGAAAUCAACCGGGAUCUCUUCGGCAGUAGCCUUUCGUCAUUGAGUCCAUCGCCGUCAUUCCGCUCUCCUACCAGAUCAUCCAGCUUCGAACGCAGAAAGCGCGGCAGAAAGCCUGAGACACCCACCUCACCGCCACCACCGCUUUCUCCCAGUGAUUCUGUUCUCUUGUUCGGAAAGCGUUCCAGGAAAUCUCGUGUUUGCUAUUCUCCUUCAACUUCAUCUUAUUCUCCUGUGAACGGCAGUAGAAUUUCGCACACACCCAGUUCUCCAAAUACGUCCUUUAGUUCAGAUGGCGGAAAAAAGCGGCGUGGAACGCAAGCUGUAGAGAAGAAUGUUGAUAUUCCUGACAAUCCCAAGGGCGAAGAAAUGAGUCGUGUGGCAUACAGCGGAAAGUGGGUCACAUUCAAAAUCUCUGAUGACUGGAAUGAGGCUUCUGAAUGGGCGGUCUACUACGAUAUCUUAGGCCCAAAAGAUACUGCACCAACGGAAACACGAACCCAAAAACCGACGAAGAGGAAAAAGAAAACGAUAGCGCCGUCAUCUCCCGGAAGUUCAGGGGUUACACUGACUUGCGAAGCUCUUGAAACGACAGUAUUUGAAAAAGUCGCUGACGAGAAACUGGUCAGUGUCAGUGUCGUCGGUGCGGCGCCGAUACAGCCCGAGGUUCAUCCUGUGGUUACGGAGAUGACACCGGAAAUUCCCCCAGUUACAGGUGAUUUGGGGCGUCAACUUGAAGGUCAGUUUGUGGACAAACCGUUAAGGAAGAAGAAAAAGAAAAAGGUUGUCCCGCUGAUUGAGGAAAGUAUGGCGAUCUGUGACAGCGUAGCCGUUGGUAGUCCACUCGAUGAGCCCGUCACUGAUGUAGCAACGGUGCAUUUACCUGUCGAUACUUCUCCUGGCGACGUGGAGAUGGUAACAGCGGAAUUGACACCGGAAGUUUCCUCGGCAAAGGAGGAUUCUAAGAAUCAGUUUCAUGGGCACACAACGGACGAUAUUCCCACAGAGGAGCAGAGUACUACGCCUCCGGUGUACGAAACCGCGGAUGCUGACAUCAUGACAAUGAUCGGCAACGCUGCUGAAGAGAUAACUAAAUCACCUACAGCCUCGUGUGAAGAAGUGGUCGCUGUUGCUUCAGCGGCUCACAAUCAGUUGGAUAAGGGUAUGAAUGAUGGGGAUGUAGAAAUGGUCGUGAUAAGAAUGACACCGGAAGCGCCAUCAGUUAACGGUGAUUCUCAGCAUCAGACUGUCGACGAAUGCCUACCGGAGGAAGAAACAAAUGAGUCCGCGUUUCGGAAAGAACAGGAUGCAGUAGCGCUGGAAACUGUGGACGAGACUAAUUCAGAGGCAUUUCCACGUGCUCAGCCGGUCAGUGUGAUCUGUACAGCCUCGACGCAGGUAGAUGUUCGUACGACAGAUGCCGAAAUGGAGUUGAUAGGAACUGUACCGGAAGUUCCUUCAGUUUACGGUAAUGCUAAUUGCGAGAUAGUCUACGAAAGCAUACCAAAGGAGGAUACGAAUGUGCCGGCGUUCCGGAAAGAUGGAAAGGACGGGGAUGCAACACGGUUGGAUGUUUGCAUGACAAAUGCCGAAAUGGAAGUGAUAAGAACUGAACCGGAAGUGCCUUCAGUUAACAGCAAUGGUGAGCAUCGGGCAGUCGACGAAAACAUACCAAAGGAGGAUACGAAUGUCCCGGCGUUCCGGAAAGACGGAGGAGACGGGGAUGUAACUGCGCUCGAGACUAAUAGAGAGACUAUAAUAGAAACAUUUCCGCGUGAUGAACAAGUCACUGUCGACAUUGCAGCACCGACGCAGUUGGAUGCAGAUGCGGAAAUGGGCAUGGUGGUAACGAUCCCGGAAAAUUCCCUUAUUAGGGACGCCUCUGACGAGCAACGCGUCUUGCUUCGCGAAACGAUCUCAGAAGAAGAUUCUCAGAAUAUCCAAGUUAGCAACCAUCAACUGAAGACUUCUCUCGAAUCACAAGAAUCGUCUGCUCCUGCAUCUUUCCAGACUGGCGGUGUCAGUUCGGCGUACCGUGCCGUGGAGAUACUGCCAGCAGCCUAUCAACUGCUGGAGUCGACACCGCUAGCCGAUUUAGUUGUGGAGGAGAUCAUGUUAGGGGAUGACCGCGUGAAUAACGUGGCCGGUUACGGCGUCCAGUUCAAGGGUUUUCCCAGCAUGUUAUUUCUUCGGGAGGAUACCAUGCGGAAAUACUUCAUGGAUGACCUACUGCAUUUCUAUGAGAAGGUGCUUGUUUUCCCGUCGGUGAUGGAGCUGGGAAAUCAGCUUCCCUGAAAAGAGGCGAAGCACUAUUUCUGUUGAAGUGAUAACAGUGAAGGAUCCAGCUCGGUGGGAUGGUGCUUCCGGAUUACGCGCUUUAAUUUAAUAAAAACUAGAUACGGUACAUCACAAACCACGUAUUGUAUACGUCAUCGAUUUAAAGCACUCUAUCCUAGAAUUUAUGAAGCAGAACGCUUAUUUACGAUGGAUAAUUAAUUGAAUUUUUAAUCUUUUGCGGAUAGAGUACGUAGAAUUUUUUCUCCUUCUGCAGUAUGCCCAGAGAACCAGUGAACAGCAGCAUGCUUAUAUCACUUAAUAAGAUGAAAUGAACAGAUGUUUGUACCACUUGUUCCCACAAAACGUAUGUGCGAUUAGCCUUAAAUCAAUAGAAUCCUC